UCACAUAAGCCUCGACGACCGGUCAGGCGGCGAGCAAUUGAAGAAAUGGGCCACGUAAUAUAAAAUGUAGGUAGCGAUAAUCGGCCUGCGUACACCACACCACAGCACACCAUGACGCGUGGACCGAGGGAUGGAUGGAUGGAUGCAUUUGUUUCAGUGAGGUCGUGUCGCUGGCUCACCGUUGUGGGGCCUGACAUGACGAGACACGGCGAGCACCGCUAUCCACCAGGCUCAUCACGCGAUCCUCCACGGUGGUGUGGGCGGGGCACCAGGUGAUGGUGGGGGGGGCAGCUUCUUCGAAGUGCUGCUCACACGACAAUUCACACACAUGGAUGGAGACACGUGUGUAGUGUGUGGCGGGGGCUCCGUUGUGCACAUACGUACCGCUCAGCGAUGUUGCCGAUGUAGGCGGUGAUGUAUUUCAGCUUGUAGUUGAAGCCGCCGCCCCUCCUCGCUAGGAGGCGCGUCAGGUAGGCAUCUAUCACUGGGGGCCGGUAGCUGACCAGUUCGUGGCCGUUCUCAUACAGCUCCCUUGUCGCCUUCCAGGCGCCCAACUCGGCCUGCACACACAUCGAUGACGACAACACAACACAAAAGCAGACGACACACAUGUCCGUCUGUCUGAUGGAUGGAUGGAUGUGACGUGUUAAGACUCACCACCGCUUGGAGGGGCGUGUUGCGUGGGAGCUUGAAUGCAAACGAGUCGGUGAUGGCCUCGCAAUCGGCCAACACAUCGAACACCGACUGAGCCACACACACACACACACACAGAGAGAGAGAGAGAGAUAUGAGUGCUUCCGUGUGUGUGGUGUGUGUCCAUCUUCCUUCCUCUCACCCUCGUAGCCCAUCUUGGUGAUGUCAAAGGUCCGCUGCCCCUUGACGAAUGCCGCCCCGCCCCAUGGGAGGUCAGCAAACACCUGCAGUCACACACAAACGAAGCGACACACGAAUGCACUCAUGCACCUUGUGUGUGUGCCUACGUGGGCAUGCUGUCUGCCUACGUACCAGGUCGCAUCGAUGCUUUCGCUGUUUGGUGCGGUCGACGAAAGCAUAGAAGGACUCCUUGCAGAUGCGGGCAGGGGUGACGCCUGACACCCACACACACACCCACACACAGACACACACACAGAGAGAGAGAGAGAGGGAGCAGUGUGGCAGGCCGCUCAUGGGUCCACUCAGCCAUACACAGGCGGAGGCACCAACCGUAUAGCUUGAAGUUCUCUUGUGCGUCGUCGACGUGGGUCGGAGUUGAUUUCGCAGGCACAGACCUUGAGGCCCUUAGGGCAGAAUUGGAUCGUGUUGCCUCCUGAAUCGAACGCAUCAAGCAGAUAGACAGACAGACAACAGACAUGUCAACAUGACGUGCAGUGCUCGGAUGUCUCAAGCUUCUCCUGCAUUCAUUCAUGUGAGGGAACGGCGCGUUGCUCCGACCUUGAGGGCAU